AUGGCUUUCUCUGUGCAGACCACUUUGUUCAUCUCUGCCACACUAUGUAUCCUGCAACAUGGGUUUGGAUAUCCACUUUCUGAACAGUCCGAAGCAUCCAAAAAUCGAUCUAUUUUCAAACGGGUUCGGAGCAAACGCUGCUCCUGUAACAGCUGGUUGGACAAGGAAUGUAUUUAUUUCUGCCAUUUGGACAUCAUCUGGAUCAACACACCAAGUAAAAUCACCCCCUACGGUCUGGGAAGUAAUAUAUCCCGCCGUCGCCGUUCAUUGGGUCGCUGUGAAUGUGCAACCCCAGCUGACCGCACCUGCUCCAGUUUCUGCAACACCAGUUCAGAUAUGGUUAUCAUGACCCAACUUAAUGGCCGUUCAAAUGACAUGGACAGGAAGAAUGACCUACUUUCAUCUCUAAGGAAGGCGGCUAAAGAAAACCUCAUGAUGACAUCACGUUCUGUGUUACUGAAAAAGAAACUCAGAGCCAAGAAUCUCUUGAUCAGUUAG